AUGAAUAUUAAUGACGUCCUUGAGAAUUCUCUCAGAACUAUAAAUACCUAGUUGGGUAGAGACAAGACAUGCAGAUUUGUGCAAUACUUCGCUAAGUUUAUUGUCCCAACUAUAGCUGCAUAGGGUCCAUAGAAUAACGAACUCAAGGAGAAAUUAGAGAAGUUAGGAGGAAACAUGUCACUUACUCGUAAAGUUCUGAGAUUUGGUAAACCUAUCCCACUUAUCAAGGGAAUCAUUGAUAGAAUUGCUGAGCAUUAAAAGAAGCCAGUGAGAAUGUUUUUAUGGAGAAUAUUAUCAGAUCUAUUCUUGAUUCUUUAUUUCUUGACUGAUCACCCACUCUACUUCCAGAGAGUUGGACUAGUCAAGAUGGAGAAAGAUUUAGUUAGCAAGAUUGACUACUACAAUAAUGUAGCUUGGUUUAUAAAUGCCUCACUUGAUAUCAUUUGUGAUCUUGUAGAUCUCAUGGCCAUCCAAAAAGAGAUCAAGAUUUUGGUAAGUCAAAUAAAUUCAUCUUAUAUCUUGAAAUAGAGAGCUACCUAGAAAAGUAAAGUUGAUAGCAGUGAUCAAAGUGCUGUGAGUGAUUACAAAUCAAAGAUGAAAAAUUUGUAGAUGUAACACUUCCUUAAACUUUUGUCAAUCAUCAGAAGCAGUGUCGAUAUCCCAGUUAUUUUCCAUUUCAUGGGAUCAGAAAAGGUUAGCUCGUAACUUGCAGGAUUCUUCGGUACCAUCUCCUCUUCAAUAUCACUUUACAAUCUUUGGGGUAAAUGA